AAGGAAAUCAGAAGAGAGAAUCUCAGACAUCUCACUAACGGCUACGGUGAAAUAGGUCACCGUUUCCUCGGUUUCCCGGAACGGCAACUACUCCGACAAGACGCCGAGGAAGGGGGGCGAGGGAAACAAACUAAGCAGAGAAGGAAGGAGCGUGAGGGGCCAUGGUGGAUCUCUUUGCAUGGCUUCUUUCCUUCUUCCUUCUAGUGGCCAUUCUUGGUCUUCUCCUUUACCAGCUAAUGUGCUUAGCUGACCUUGAGUAUGAUUAUAUCAACCCAUAUGAUUCAGCAUCCCGGAUAAAUAAAGUUGUCGUGCCUAGUUUUAUUGCUGAAGGGAUGCUAUGUAUCCUACAUCUUAUAGCAGGUCAUUGGUUUAUGUGUCUGCUGUGUCUCCCGUAUUUAUACUACAACUUCAAAGUCUAUACUCAUGGUCGCCACUUGUUGGAUGUGACGGAAAUUUUCAAUCAACUUCCCUGGGAAAAGAAGAUACGGUUGUAUAAGCUUGGAUAUCUGGUCUUACUUCUUGCAUUUUCCAUAACCUGGAUGGUAUGGACCAUAGUGGAUGAUUAAGCAACUAGCGGUGCUUCUACUUAGGGGGUUCUGUGUGAUGAAGGAUGUGUGGGCUUCUUUGAGCAUUAUCAUCACUCUUUGCUCUGAGUAUUUGUGUUUUGUGAAAGGUUCAAAAUCUCCAGUUCAAGGCAGCCAGGUUGGCAGGCACCUGGUUUUUUGUAAUGAAAUGUAUAAUGUGAAAGUAAUUUUCAUAAUUUUCACUUAUGUAUUAGUAAAGCUUUUUCCCCAUAAACUCAUUCUUGUAUUCCAACACCAACUUUAUGCUACGGAGUAUAAUGAUUUCUUUUUUCUCUUUAAUAUCAAA